AGCUAUGUCUCAUGUUCAUCAUCAGUUGCAAAAACAUAGUGCUGCCAUUGCUGCUGCAGCCGCUCCGUCACUGGUGAACGGGUCCUUGCCAAAUGGACUAUUUGCAGCCGCCCAGGGACAUAGACUCGCCUCCUCUUCCGUGGUUCCCCUACUCGGAGCUCAUUCUACGGCCCUUCUGAAUGGUUCCAUGACUAUGGCCAGUGCAUCACCGGAUUUAUAUUCAGAGAGUCUGAAGAGGAGAAAAGUUCAUAGAUGCGAUUUCGAAGGCUGUGAGAAAGUCUACACGAAAAGCUCCCACCUGAAAGCUCACAAACGAACGCAUACAGGUGAGAAACCUUAUACGUGCACGUGGGAAGGUUGCACCUGGAAAUUCGCUCGAUCUGAUGAACUCACUAGACAUUAUAGAAAGCACACAGGGCAAAAGCCAUUCAAGUGCCAGUUAUGCCAGCGAUCUUUUUCACGAUCUGACCACCUUUCUUUGCACAUGAAAAGACAUUAGAACUUAAAAAAAAAUCUCAGAGAAUAUGGAGCGUAUACUUAUCUAGUUUUUGUACAGAUUUGGGUGAAGGAUGCCGCAAGUAUUAAACACCCAUCGAUCAAAUUCAGUUUGAUAUUUGAGCAUCCUGUAUAAGUAUUCAUCCACACACUACAAAAAAAAUCCCGAUUUCUUUGAGCUGAAGAAACUAAAACACUUUUCCGAAGCAAAGUUUUAUAUGUAUUAGAGAUUAUGGUGCUGAACUAUGUCUUACUGCUUUCGGUCUGAGAGAAAUGACUCCAGUUUUCUGAUCUUUGUUUUAAGAUUGAUCUUGACUUUUAUGUGUAUAUAUAACCAGUGAUAUAUUUUCCUGAUACUUUUUUUUUGGAAGGAACUUACUUAAAAAUAUGUUUACUAAGAAAACUGCCAGUAGAACUCUUACAAACUCUUCAAGGCUUUGAAGAUUAAAAUAGAAGAAAAAAAAAGUUUAUCAAAAUAAUUUCAUCGUAAAAGCGGACAUUUGAAGAAAAGAUCUUAGGCCACUAACCAACAUAUAUACUGUGAUGAAAUAAUGUUGAUGGACGUGAUCUCCUAAUAACCUUCGAGAUAAUUCUAUCCAUGAAACUUACACUUAGUUAUCUAAGCAAUUUAUUCUCCAAAUAUAUAUAGACCAAGUUUACUAGUGCAAAGUAUUUAAAACUGGUUAUAUUACUCGUUGCUGACGUUUUUAACUUUAAAAUGCUGCAGAAACUGUGGUCUUUCGGUAGUAUUUUUAGUUGCCGUACGAGACUUAAAUCUUUAUAUAUGAGGAAGAAUGAUUAAACUGCAUCCAGGUUUGGAUUCUUCAGUAAUAUUACAAGUAAAGAUUAAGAUUAUUGUUAUGUGUAUUCACAAAUCUUUUAAAGUUCCUCACUAAACUAUGUGCCUUUAUUCCACUCUGGUAUAGAUUCUUCAGUUGUUCGUUUUUCAUCAUUCAAUGUGAUAAAUUUAAACCAUCUGGGAAAAAAUUAUUGAAUUAUUAUUAUUCUUGUAGCAUAUUACUGUUUAAUUACUGUGAAAAAUUUAUUUUAAAAAUGCUUUGAUUAAUUUAAUAGUUUGCUUGUUAGCUUUGUCACUAUGUGUUAUGUUUUUACACAUUUUGUUUAAAUUUCAUGCGAAAACAUUAUGAUAACUCAGACAGAGGUUUGGAAAUUCGGCUUAGAAAAUCUUGUCUGUUGUGCCAAAAUAAGCUGGAUCCAGGCGCUGGCUGCCAACGCUGAUAUUUCUUGUUUAAUUUAUAGAGUUUAUUUGAUAUUGGAGAGAAUUGCAAACAUUCCAGAAUUUUCUAUGAUGAUGUAGUAUAAAAUGUAGAUUUUACAGAAGUAUGUGUACAGUAAGUUAUGCACUUUUAAGUAUUAUUGAAAGAAUAUCUGUAUAAAGAUAUUUAUAUAUAGGUUAUACACAAAAAGAAAGAAAACUUAUUUUUAUGAACAUUCUCUUGGAAAACAUCAUUUUGAUGGUCUCAACUACAGUACUGCCAGAGGCGACUGACACUGAUCCAUCUGAACUGUCGGUGAAACUAAUUUUUAUCCAGACAGAGAAUAAAACGCUAAGUAGUUUUCUACGGUAGGAAGUAACCGUCCAGGUGAAAUAUAUAUACUUCGAUGCUGUUUACAUUUACCAUUAGUAUAUCUUAAAUUGCCGCAUUUGUAUGGUUAAAGUGAAAGCUUGUUAUGCGUUCAAUUUAAAAGUUUCGUGGUUGUUAUGCUGUGGUACCCCGACGCAUUGAAAGUUACUUUUAUUUGCUCUUCUUUAUAAUAAACUCAUUUACAGUACUUAGAGUUGCCUUUCACUAUUUCUUUCUUUCUCUCUGUCUAAACAACAGAAAGAAAAUCCUGUAAAUGUGAAACAGUUUCAUAUUAUUUUCAUUCGUAACAUUUAAAUUCCAAGUGCUUACUUCUUUUCCGUUCAAUUAGAUUCUAUAAUAAACUUAAAUAAAGUUAUCCAAAUUCUACACUUAAGUAUUUCUUAAGCUAAAGAAGGUCUGUCAUAAAUAAGCAGUAUCCUCCCUCCCUAUGAGUGGAUAAAAAAACUUCGAGAGAACUAUCCCUCCACGACCCACAUUUUUUUUAUACAAACUGGAGUGAAAAAUUAUGAUGUCACAUCUGAUGCUAGGAAAAUAACCUUUACUUUAAACGUGAAAGUAAAUCAAACUUUACAAAUUUUGAAAUGUUCCGUCUAUCCAAAAUUCACAUUAGGUGUUCAAAAUGAUCACUUCGCAUAUUUACGCAUCUUCGUACUCACUGUAGAAUAGCAGGUCCAAAAAGGAACCCCAAAAUUCAGCAGCCCGGCUGUAGAAUAGCUGACUAAAUAUGAUCCAAAAAGCAAGUCCAAAAUCCAGAAGCAGAUGAACACUGAUAAUACGCAUAUGAUAAAUGCUCAUACCCUAAACUCUAGUAUACAACAGCUAUCACGAAUAAGUUUCGUAAACGUAUUAUUAUUGAUAAAGUAGUAGUUUAUUUUGUUAAUCAGUUCUCAUACUUAUAAUAUUUUAAAUAAAUUUAUUCUCCUUGAACCAGUUAUAGUGUUAUAACGUUUCAAAUAAGAUUUUCUCUAAAAUUAUAAGUCGUAGAGUUACAUUUCUUUGGUUACACUUUAUCCACUCAAAGCGAAGAAUAGCACUAAUCGUUUUUUUUUUUUUGGGGGGGGGGGAUAUUCUUUGUAUAAAUUCUACUACGUUCUAACUCUCUUUCUAUUCCAUUUUUGCAUAAUGUGCGAAGAAAGUAACUUGUAAACGUUAUCAGAUUUCAAAUGUGUAAGUUAAAAAUAUAUCUACUAAUUUUAAAACAAUAGUUUAAUUUUAUUAAUUAAAAAAACUGAGAGCAGAUAAAAACGAUUUUGAAACUUGAUUAAAUGAUUGAUAAAAAAGUAAAGUCCCGUGACCACAGCACGGUAGCCCAGCAAUUUAAGCGGCUUCAUUAUGUUCAUUCUUUUCUGUGAUGGAAUUUUUUUAAUGGAAAUAACUGAAACAUUCCUAAAGAACCACUUUUUAUAAACUUAAGAAUAUGAAUCUGACUUUAAAAGAUUAAACAUUUAUCACAAUUAUUUCCAUUGUGAAAGAGAAUUUUAGAACGUUUCGUACUUAUACAUUUCGUUUCGAUCAAAUCAUUAAAGUCAUCUUAUGUUCCGCACUGUAUAUUAAAUAUUUGUGUUUGUCAUAUACAAAAAGGCAUAAAAUUUAUGUUAAUGACUUACAUAAUUUCUUUCCUGGUAGUAAAAAAUGUGGAUAAUUUUAUUUCACUUAAAAUUUGGCAAUAUUCAUAUUUGUGGAAAACCAACAUUACUUUGAUGUUGCUUAGUGUCUGACUUGUAUUGUUAUCUGUGACAUUUGUUUUCACACAUAUGUUUUUAUAUGGGCAUUAUUUUUACUCUCAUUAAAAGUUCCUUCUAUAUGCGGUUAAGGCUAAGUAUAUUUUCUAAAGAUAGAGAAAGUAUUUUUGGAGAAAGAAGAUACUAAUCCUUGAUUAAAAUUAGUUAAAAUUAGUUUAAUCAAGGUUUUACUGACUGUUUUUGAAACUGAUUUCAUACUGUUGUAACUCAUAAGAGCUUAAGUUUGCCUGAAAACAUAAGACACGUAAGAUCUUAAAUUUCUCCUCAUUCUUGAGUUGCAGAAUUAGAGAAAUAAUUUAACAUUUAGAGACUUUAUAUAAAUUAGUAGUAUUUCCUGGGAUUAAUUUGAUCCGAUUUGGUUCAUUUGACACAUUUUUGUCUAAAAGCUAGUCUCAAAUUUAAUUUACUAUGGUUUUAGUAUGAAUCUGAGAAAAGUUUAUUCUUUCAAUUUUCAUAUGAAUCUAAAAGUUCAAAGUGAACUUACUGCGCUCACGAAAAUCCCAUUUUUCAUAGAUUUAAAUGAUUUACUGGUCAAUUUUAUAAUUUCGCUGCCUAAUAAAUGUAAAGAAAGUAGAGGGAAAAGCAAUAAGGUUCAAUUAUAACAGCGUACUAACAAUUAAAAAAAAUUAAACAGGCAUUGCAAGAUACAUGUACUUCUGUUUUUUUCCCAGACAAUACGAUAGUUAGAAUGCAAAGAAAUUAAUGCAGUCUUUUUAUUCUAGUUUGAAUUAUUUGAAUUUAAAAUAUAAUAACAUCUGGUAUGUAAUAUUUGACAUAUUCAAAAUAAAUUUCCUAAAAUUUCAUUCUACUGACUUCAUGUUUUUCUGAACUACCCAAAUUUUAAUGCAUUUGUUUUUACAAAGCUUUCCACCUGACGGAUUAGUAUCUUCUCAAAUCCAUUAAUGCUUUUUAUUUCUGGUGCGGAUUUAACUCCGACGGGCAUUGUAUUUUCAUAUCUUUAUUUUGGGAGUAUGGUCAUCAGAGAUAUUUUGUUCUCUGAUAAUAUUUUGACUUUUUGUACUCGGUUUAAAAUAAAAUGGUAUUUUAAUAAUACUUAAAUUUGUUUUGUAAACUAAUGUAAAUUUUAAAAUGAUCUCAAACGUAUUGUGAAGCUGAAGCACUGUAAAUAGGAAAGGUUUAAAAAAUGCUACGCCCUUUAAUUAAAAAUUUUCAUACAUAAUAUUAUAAUUCUGCAAUAUGAGAAUGAAGCCUUGUAACGUAAUUCGUGUUCCUGUACGAAAACUGUGAAUCGUAAAAUCCUUUGAAAUUUAAAAACAGCUAAAUUAAUCGCUGGUUAGAUGUGAUUUAAACCCAUUUAGAUAUGCUGAAUAAUGGUAGCUGAUCGCUUAUUUUAAAAGCGUAUGAAGAAAAGGAUAAAUCAAUAUAGAUAACGGUGCAAUAAUAAUAAAAUGGCCUAUAUAUAGACCCUAUAUGAACGUAUAAUACAAUUUGAGCGAUAUUGUUUGAAACUAUAAUAGGAACGAAAGAAGUAAGGGGUUAAGAAGGCUAAUUUUAUAUAUUGGCAUCGCACAGAUUUACAUUUCAGCAUUUUUAUAAAUGAGACAGUGUAAGGAAAUUGCAUCAUUUAGUUUCGGAUAAGUCUAAAUGAAGGAAACUUGUUCAUUCACCUGGCACAGUACUCGGACAAAUUUUAAAAACUUCCACUGAUAUAGUACCGAUGAAAACAAAAAGUCUUGAUUGUUUCGUUUUUCAAGCAGACUUAAUAUCUAGUUCGCUUGCUGCUUUAUUCUUAAUUGUUCAUUCAGUUAUUUUCAUAUAGCUUUUCUCUUUUUGAAUAGCAUGUUUAAUUUCUUUCAAACGCGUUGGGAAAAAUUUCAUAAAAUUUUUUUGAUGACCCUCAAAGUUCUUUUAGUCGUCUUUGAAAUUACUGCAAACUUCUCUCUAGUUAAAAAAGUAGAUUUGUAUUCUACAGCUUUCCAUGAUUUUUUUCCAAAGCUUUUUGCUUUCAAUGCUACUUACUUCUUAAUCCAUCAUAUUACAGAAAAACUCGUUGUUAUUUUAUUGACUGAGGAGUAUUCAUUCCAGCAUGGGUUCAAAUGUCUUAAAUACUUUCAUCAUCAUCAUCACUUAUACCACAGUUUUUCGUUUUUAAGAUGGCAGUUUCUUUCUUCUUAUUCCUUUUUUAUAAGUCAUGACAAGGAUUUACGAGAAGCAGAAGGUCUUUCAAAUUAUUUUUUCGUUUUUGUGGUGGCCUUCGAGAUGUAGGGCAUUUAGAAACGAUUCCUUUUCUAGCCUCGAUUGUUUCGGUUUGAGCAGGUCGAGAGCAUGAGCUUGGCCAUCCUUUUUGCACGAGUGUUUGUGCUUAAUAUGCUCGAGGCUUUUAUUUUAAAGACGCAGCGUACACUUGCACCAUUUGUCAAUCACGUUUCCCUUUCUCCAUCAUCUGCGCUAGACUCAGAUCUAUACUAUCUAACGAAGAUCUUCCAAACAAAACAUUUUCUGUGCUGUAAGUCUGUGGAAAGAGAAAUUCCUAAAAGAAUUGUCGGUUGCUCAUAAAGUGAAUUAAUUUUAGCAAUUUAAAAAAUGUGAGGGGAAGGUUAUAUUAAUAUCAAAAAGCUGCACUCUGUAUGCAAUUAUAUUGGGAAAUAAAACAUUAUUUAUAUUUGAUUUAAUGCUACAAUGCUCGGACCAACAUACUUAUUUGAUCCGGCGUUAGUUCGAAUGGUAAAACAGCAGAAUUUUGGUUUUUGGUCCCAGGCUAUUUUCGGUAGCCGAAUGCAGUGGCUGCACGCGGAUUCCCUUGCUUCUCCAAUGUAUUCGGCCGACUAUUCGAUGUAAAUAGGAAUCUUGUUGUUUUGUCGCAACUAAAACGGGAAUAAAGCCUACUUUCUGGUGGAUUUAUUCCAGAAGUAAUUAUUUCGGUGACUAUUAAUAACAACAUAAUUAUAUCAGAGAAGUGUUUAUAUGUGCACUCGUAAUGUCGUACGAUUAAUUACGGUAUUUUAUACCCCGUUGGGCUAAAUAUGCAUGUUAUUAUAGGCAAAUUGAUUCAUUGUCAUAAUCGUGAUGAGUCACCGGAUGAUUAAUAUAAGUAACAGAAAAUUCCUCCUCUAUUUUAUACAUAUGUUAUCCUGAAAUUUGUGCAAGAGUACUUGUCCUCUUUUAUUUUCAGUGCUUUAGUGCUGUAAGUGGUAUUUUUGAUAAUUUGAAAAAAUAUUGUUACAAAAUUUUGUGCACCAACAAAUUCUUAAGAUAAUAUUGAUUUUACACAUUUGAUGUUAUUUAUGAAUUCGUUAAUUAAUUUAUUAAUCUUAAAAAGUUAGUGUAAAAGCAGGUGUUUGAUCACUGCAUUAAUUAAGUUUUACUUAAAUCCGGCAACAGGAUCUGUCAUUGUUUACCUUACAAAAAACAUCAAUGGCAUUUUUCUCUUACUUUAUAUUAUUUUUCUUAUUUCAAAAUGAGAAUUGCUGUUGUUUCUUUCCAUUUAAGAACUUACCUUUUAAUGACUUAACUAUUAUAAUGUAUAUCAAAUGCAUAUUAACAUAACAUCAAAACUUGAUGGUUUGAAAACGAUGUUUUAGAUCAAGAAAUUCAAUUUAAUAAUACAAUUUUAAAAAUAGACUUUAAAUGGCUGUAGCAUUACUUUUAAUGUUUUUCAAGGUUAUACCUAAAACGAGAUUAUCUAAAAAUUACGCUGAUUUGUCGUAAAUCUCUUAACUUAGUUCAUAAAAUAAUAGGUAAAAAAUUCUCAUAUGCGCAUCUGCAAUAUAAGAACUUAACAUAAGAUCCACAGUUGUCAGUUUUGACAAAAAUCUUUUAUGUCAUUUCAAUCCCAAGAAAUUUAUUAUUCCUUGUAAAGCUAAUUUUACAGCUGACAUAAGUGUCCUGCAAAUUAUCCUGCUUAAAUUUCCUUCUGAGAUGCCUCAGUGAGUCACUUGAGAAAGCGGUCAGUUAGUUAAAAUUUUAAAAUUUAAAUUAAUUUUAUAACGUUAGAUGAGAUGCCAUUUACAACUUCAUUGUGCUAAACUGUUUUUAAAUAUUAAAAUUUUGUCAAUAAAAUUAUUUUUAUAUUUAGCUCUGAAAAGGUAACAAAUAUUUUAAAAUAAUUUAAUAUUUUGAAUAUAUAAUUUAGUAACUCUAUAUUAAAAUAAUUGCCAAGUACAUUAGACUUUUAUACCUUACAAGCAAGCAAAUUAUAUUUUAAUAGAAAUUAUUUUCAUACAAAUUACCUUAUCAAAAACUAAAGCCGAGAAAAAUGCUAAUAUAGUAGCAGAAUCAUCUAUAUAAUAACACAGAAUCAAACCCGCGAUUCAGUGGUAUUCGCUGAUCUGCUUACGAUAUUAGGAUAUUGUAACUUUAACUAGUUUGUUAGGAAAACAUUUUAUGACACAUUCUAAAAUGUGUUUAAUAAAUUUUUAUGCUAGAUAGUAUUCAUGAAUUUAAUGUUAUUUUAUUCUGCCUGUGAAGAUAGAAGGAUGGUUUGAUGAAUAAUUUUAGAGAACUUUGCAUUUAUACUAAUAGUUUCAGUACAACAGCAAUUUCAUAUAAUAUGAACAUUUUAGAAAGCGUUAUUUCACAGGAAAAAUAUGUUUCUAAACUAUGAUGUUUAAUACCUAAUGCAUCAUUAUUCUUGGUUAAGUUAUUCACUAGACUGAUCUUACUUAGAAUAGAGUUAAGAAAAAAGACUGGAAAUUUACAGCCAGAUAAAAUACUUUGAAUAGUGUUCAAACACCAUCUCAUUUUACGCAGGUUUUAUAACAAAUCGCGCAUUAAAUAACUCAGGUAAAUAAAAAAAGUAUUUUCAGUGAAGAUUUUUGUGAUGGUGAACAGCUGUGCAAUUUCAUAGGGUAUUAUGAACUGUUUCCUCGUGUAAUGCGUAUUAGAAAAAGUUACUAUUUGUUCUAAUAGUGUGUUAUUUCAUGUUAUAUUUUCUGAUGACAUCAAAGCUUAUUGUAUUUAUCAAAUCUGAACGCAGCCCUUCAUUGCUGAUGAUAACAUGUCCUUUAUUAUUUGAUGUCGGUAACUGUAACAGUCUUUAAGAAGAUAACAAUUGAAUUAAGUAUUACAGCUGAUGUUGAAUUUUUUUUUUUUAUCUUGUAUGUUGUUCAUAGAAUUAUGCUUAGUUCGAAUGUCUUAAAUAUCUGUUUAAGCUUAGUUCUGAAAUUUGCUUGGCUUUCAAAAAUUUUUUUUUAACUCUCAAAAAAUCUGACUAUUAGUUUAUUGGCUUCAUAUUAGUAAUCAAAGUAUACAUUCAUUUAAGUCCAUACAGUAUCACAUGUUAAUUAUGUUUGUUAAUAUUGCAUAAAAUGAUAAUUUUAAAAUGGUUUUAUGCGUAUACUGGUAAGAAAACAUUCGUGUUUAUCGCUACAGAAUACAUUUAUAUUAAAUUAUUUUUGGCAAUAUGUUUAAAAAUUUUACAAAUGCUAACAUUCUUUAACGUUUCUUUACAUACUUUCGUACUAUUUAUUUACUAAAAUUUAAGGUUUCAAUUAAAAUUUGUCUAAGCAGCUGCCUGAGACUCUUCUUACACAUACUUAAUUACUGUGUUCGUGAAAUUAACAAAUUAAUUUAUUGAUCAAAGUGAUAAAUCACGUAAUAUCGUUAGGUUUAUAAUUUCUCGUAAUGUUAAAAAUGUAUUAUGAUUUUAGAUUUUAAGAAACGUGAUAAAGUUAAUGUACGUACGCAGUUACUACGUGUCAUUUACUAGUUCAAAGAAAAAUUUGCAAAAAUAUAUCUAAAAAUAUUAUUUAAAAAAAAGAAUUUCAUAAAAAAUAAACUAUUGUUUAAAAACUCAAAGGAAGAUUAUUUUUCUUUUGAGAAUAUUUAAGAGCAAAAGUUUAAGAAUAAGAAAAGUACUUUUUACUCAAAUGUGUGAGUCCGAAACUUUAGUCGCACCCUUUCCUGUUACAGCAAGAAAACAUGUAAUAUAUUCGCAAGGCCAGCAUUCAGUGGAGUCUCCCCAUAUCCAUUGUUAAAAACAAUAGAUACAUUAAUUUGAAAUGACAGAUAGCUCGCACCGUAAAGUUCUGUAAUUUGAAAAUGAUUUAUGUUGGUGUCACAUCGUGAUGCUGGCAUCCGUUUCGAUUAAUAGACUUAUAGUUUAAAAGGGUAGAACUAUAUCCAUUCAAUGCCCUUCUAUACAUAAAAUAUCUCUGCUGCUUUCAUUUAGGAUUAGAUAUAGUGCAUUGAUUCCUUGUUACCUUUUCUCAAAAUGUAUGAUUAUAAACUUAUCGAGUUUUAUCAGUGUAAAAAUUAAAAUUAUUUCAUUUCAAUAAAUCGGUUAUUUAUUUUAUAAAAUCCACUUAAGGUCAAAUAUCGAAAAAAAUCAUCUAUAUAUUUUUUUGUUGUUAAGGUUAAAACAUUUGAGGAAAAUUAUUUGUAACUUUUAGGGAAUUUUACCAGCAUCAGCAUAUUCUGAAUGUAAGAAUUUCGAAUCUCCUGCAGAGUUUCUUACCUAAUUAACAACAUACGUAUAAUUACAUAAAAUCGAAAAUGGUAUUUAAUUUUUCAAGAUAUUUUUAGUUCUAGUCUUAAUUUAUCAAUCUUUAAUUUAUUUCUAAAAAGUUAAAGAUAUUGUUAAUUUUAAAAAUAUUUCGUAUUGCUAGUUUACAGUUGAUAGGUUAAACAAAAUUUUUAAAAAUUCUAAUAUUUUCUAGUACAGCAGUAUUAAAGUAAAGGCAUUAUUAAUUAUUAAGACCUGUAAACAAUCAAAUGAAAAAUCUGAAUUAGCUUUUCAUUGGUAAACUUAUCAAAAUAAUAACAAAAGUAAAAGUAAAUCUUCUUAGCUGCUUUGCAACUAGCAAACAAACUUAACCGCACGUUUCAACUCUGAUGAAGGUAACCAAGUAUUAUGAAUGAUUUAAAACCUUCAUGAAAGAUCCCCUGAAUCUGAACGCUAUUUAAUAUAGCACGUAAAAACUAUUUGCUACAGAAUUAAAAUUAGAAAUAAAUCCAGCAAUAGAUUCAAUGAAAUAUUCAGGCAUUUUUUUAAGAUCUUAAAAGCUUUACUUGAAAAUAAUUACACUCUGUUUACUAUGAUUUGAUGUAAACAUAAAACUAUGAAAUAUUUCGAAAACGUUUGUGAUAACAUCAAACUAGUAUAACUUUCUCAUAUAUCAUAUACUAAUUAGCUGCUCUUUUAGAUAAGAAUCUUGUGAUAAAACUCUUUCUUCUAUAUUAUGUAUCAAACCCACAUUUUUUCAAGUAUGAAGUACUGUUAAAAUUAUCAUGUAAUACAAGCAGUAUCGCAUCAAUGUGGAUCAGAUGAUGUUUUAAUAAUACAGUAUAUUCCACGCUGUGCAUCUUUGAUCUAAUUUUGUUGAUAUACACUCAUUUGCAUUUUUUAAAAUGUUCUAUUAAUGAAAAUUGGAUAAGCGAAACUUCUUAGUUUUAUUUGUAAUAAAAAUGCGUCAUGUAUUUAUACAGAAGCCAUUCGUAAUUUUCUUACCAUAUUUUCUGACAUUCCUUUUCUGUGUGCUGUUUGUAUGAGGUAAAUAAUUCUUGCUUUUGAUAUUGUUCCAAGAAAGCAAGGAUGUUGAUGUUUAAGUAUCAGAUUAUUAUGAGAGUAAUUUAUACAUUUAUGAUAUAUUAUAUUUUGUAAUGGAUGAAUUGUGCAUUACGAAUUAAAAAAAUUUAUGAAAAAUA